CCCAAGGGACGAGCGCAGCCCCGGCCUCCGCCCCGCAGAACCCGCCCCUUCCUGCUCCUCCCCGGGACGGAGGCGGGGUCUCCAGGAGGAAGGCUGGAUCCCCGGGACGGAGCAACUGACCAAACCAUGGCAACUCCCACUGCUGCUUUUGAGGCCCUCAUGAAUGGAGUGACCAGCUGGGAUCUCCCCAAAGACCCUGUUCCCAGUGAGCUCCUUCUCAUUGGAGAGGAUGCCUUCCCAGUGAUGGUGAAUGACAAGGGCCAGGUGCUCAUCGCUGCCUCUUCCUACGGCAAAGGCCGCCUCGUGGUGGUGGCCCACGAGGGUUACCUGCUGUGUGCUGGCUUAACCCCAUUUCUUGUCAAUGCAGUCGGCUGGCUCCGGCCCUCCCCGGAGGCUCCUGUGCUGGUGCACCCUUCCCUGGCCUCACUGGUGAACAUCCUACAGGGUGCCGGGGUUGAGGCUGAGACUGGGCCCGAGCCAAGAAACUCCCUAGGGGUUUACUGUGUCGCUGCCUAUGGUGACACCGUGUCUAAGGGGCUGAUUCCUUUUGUGAAGAGCGGAGGGGGCCUGCUCAUUGGCGGCCAGGCCUGGUACUGGGCCAGUCAGCAUGGCCGUGACAAGGUGCUGUUCAGGUUUCCUGGGAACCAGGUGACAAGUGUGGCCGGAGUGUACUUCACCGACAUCUAUGGGGACAGAGACCAGUUCAAGAUCUCUAAGAAAGUGCCCAUGAUCCCACUGUAUGUCAGGUGUGGGGUGGAGCUCAGACAUGACCGCCAGCAGCUGCUGCGUGGCAUCUCGGAGCUGGACAUCAGGACCGGGGGAGUCCCCUCACAGCUGCUUGUGCACGGGGCUCUGGCCUUCCCUCUGGGGUUUGACUCCUCCCUCGGCUGCUUCCUAGCAGCUGCCCACUACGGCCGGGGCCGUGUGGUUCUGGCUGCCCACGAAGGCAUCCUCUUCGCUCCUAAGCUGAAGCCCUUCUUGUUGAAUGCCGUGCAUUGGUUAGCCAGGGACAAGGCAGGCAGAGUGGGCGUCAACACCCGUCUGAAAAAUCUGUACCCUUUACUGUUGGAGAAUGGCAUGAACUGCAGCCUGGAGUCCCAUCUGACCAAUGGCACGAACGUCUACUGCUGCGUGGCUUACUGCGACCAGGAAACCAAGAAGCUCCGGGAGUUUGUGGCUGAGGGUGGAGGGUUGCUGAUUGGUGGCCAGGCCUGGUGGUGGGCCUCCCAGAACCCAGGCCACUCUGCUUUGGCUGGUUUCCCUGGCAACAUCCUCCUCAACAGCUUUGGCCUCAGUAUCCUGCCUCGGACCCUCAGUCCAGGCUGUUACCCUGUCCCUGCUGCGGGCACGCAGACUUACCACUUCCGUGAGGUUCUGUCUGAGUUCCAGGCUGUGUUGGACCACCGGGGAGGGAGCUUGGAAAAGAGGUUUCUGGCCAGGCUGGGAGUAGACGCUGCAGCCUUUCUUCAGAUUCCUGCAGAGGAGGUUCCCGCCUACAUGUCCCUGCACCGGCUCCUCAGGAAGAUGCUGAGACAGUCCGGCCUGCCCGCUGUGAGCAAGGAGAAGCCGGUGGCCAGUGACUCCUGUGAGGCUACAGUGCUCGCUCUGGCCACCCAGCUGGCCCAUUCUGGAACUGACUGCUCCCAGCUGGCCCCGAGGCUUGGCACUUGGACCUGCUUCUCCAAUCUACAUCCCGCAGAAGACCCGGUCAUGGUGGAGAUCAAUGGAACCAACCCAGGGAACAGUGACGCCUGGAUGAGCACUGGGCUGUACCUCCUAGAAGGACAGAGCGCUCAGGUCCGUGUGUCUGAAGCUGCUGCCUCCGCUGGCCUGAUGGUACAGAUCGGCUGCCACACAGAUGACCUGACCGAGGCCAGCAACCUGUCCCGAGCCCCUGUGGUGACUAACCAGUGCUGUAUGGACAGGACCCAACGGUCAGUCCCCUGUCUCUGGGGUGGCCUCCUGUACAUCAUCGUGCCCAAAGGCUGUCAGCUGGGUCCUUUGUCUAUCACCAUCAGAGGGGCUGUGCCUGCCCCAUACUACAAGUUGGGUAAGACAUCCUUGGAAGAGUGGAGAGAUUGCGUCCAGGAGCAUAUGGUUCCCUGGGGAGAGCUGGCCACGGACAACAUCAUCCUGACAGUGCCAACCGCACACCUCCAAACCCUGAAGGACCCCGAGCCUCUGCUCCAACUCUGGGAUGAAAUGAUGCAGGCCAUAGCCAGACUGGCAGCCAAGCCCUUCCCUUUCCACACGCCUGAGAGGAUCGUAGCUGAUGUGCAGAUUGCAGCAGGCUGGAUGCAUUCGGGGUACCCCAUCAUGUGUCACCUGGAGUCCGUGCAGGAGCUGAUCAGUGAGGCCAACAUGAAGAGGGAAGGUCUGUGGGGACCCAUCCACGAGCUGGGUCACAACCAGCAGUGCUGUGGUUGGGAGUUCCCCCCACACACCACGGAGGCCACCUGCAACCUCUGGUCAGUUUAUGUGCAUGAGACAAUUCUGGGGAUCCCCAGGGCCCGGGCUCACCCUGCUCUUGCCCCGCUACAACGAGAACAGAGAAUCAAAGCCCAUCUACACAAGGGAGCACCCCUGGGUGACUGGAACGUGUGGACAGCUCUGGAGACAUAUCUGCAGCUCCAGGAGUCCUUCGGUUGGGAGCCGUUCACCCAGCUCUUUGCGGAUUACCAGACCCUCUCUGGCUUCCCCAGAGACAAUGCUGGCAAGAUGAAUCUCUGGGUGAAGAAGUUCUCUCAAGCUGUGCACAAGAACCUGGCCCCAUUCUUUGAAGCCUGGGGCUGGCCCGUCCUGAAGGAGGUGGCCGAGAGCCUGGCCUGUCUGCCUCGCUGGCAAGAUCACCCCCUGGCAGCGUACGUGGGUGCCGAGAAGUAACGAUGUGUCCGUCAGGCAGCGAGGUCGUCACCACCGUGUCCUGAGCCAGCACGCACAGUGCCUUCAACCAUUUUCUUUUUCCUUUCAACAGUAUGCUUUCCUAACAAAUUUUGGUGUGUUUUAACCAUCAUUCUAAACUUCCUCGAGACUCAGGCUCUUCAUGAGGAGAACUAGGCUAAGGACAUGUGCCCUUUGGCAUCCCGCCUUCUCCAUGCCAGGAUUGUUCCCCUUUGUGUUGCCAGUACCCUUUGCCGGGUGGUUUAGCACAUGAAAGGGGCUCAGGAAAUUCGCUAAAUAAAAUAACUCUGUGACCUUGAAGUCACAAUGACCCGUCCAUAUGUCCCAGGCACUGUGACUCUGAAUUAACACGUGUAAACGCUCUCACCACACCCAGUUGACGUGAGAAAGCAGACGCUUAGGGAUAGUGAGCAAGUUUUCCCCAAGUCACCAAUGUCAUAAGAGGAGGGUUUUGACGGACAACCAAACUAGUGAAAAAUUAUGGAGCUGAAUGGUGUGCAAUUUAAUUAAUAAUUUCCCAGCAAAACAGAUGGAAGGAAGUUUAAUAAAGUUUUUUUUUUCCUAUA